GAGAUGCCGCACAACUAUGAGUCCUCCGAGUUUCGCGAUCCGAGACUUAUUGCCGGAGGCCUCGUCGCGAUCCCCUUCACCCUCGGACACGGAACUCGACGUAACCGGCACGGAAACACCCCCGCCGGGCUCCUCAACAACGCCGGAUGAAAAGAAGAACGAAAAGCCGGCGUACAGCUACAACGCUUUGAUCAUGAUGGCCAUACGCAGUAGUCCGGAGAAACGGCUCACCCUCAACGGCAUCUACGAAUACAUCAUGAAGAACUUCCCGUACUAUAAGGAGAACAAACAGGGCUGGCAGAAUUCUAUAAGACAUAACCUGAGCUUGAACAAAUGCUUCGUUAAAGUCCCGAGGCAUUACGACGACCCUGGAAAAGGCAACUAUUGGAUGCUGGACCCAUCUUCAGACGAUGUUUUUAUUGGUGGGACGACGGGGAAGUUAAGAAGACGGUCGACCGCUGCUUCCAGAUCUCGUUUGGCUGCUUUCAAAAGAGGGGCCAUUCUACAUCCUAUGUUCGGGAAUCCGUACGCUUCGUUAGUCGGGCUGUAUCCUCCAUUAUUGUCUGUGUACGGGAGGUAUGCGUUGCCGAGUCCGUUACUGAGAUUUCCGCCGCCUCCUCCCAACCCGUACCAUCAGCUGUACAGACGACUUCACGGGCUGUCUCCACCGGUGAGUCCUCCAGGCCAAGACCAGGACACCCAUAUGGUGAAGCACAGUUGAUGGAAUUGAAUCCUAUGAGUCUUCAACAAAUAUUCUCGCGAUAUUUUGGUUCGAAGACCAGCCAUCCUUGCACCAAACUUGAUGUGGUUACUAAACUUAUCGCUAUUGGCUAGAUUCAUGGUAAUAUUAAUGAAACUGUGUAUUUUAAACAAUAUAAGAAGGGUUACAGAAGAAUGCUUUCAAAGCAUUGGCAGUUUGGUGGUGGGAGCAGAAGUGCUGUGGAACUAUUUCGAAGGGUUCGAAGUGACUGUGAUAGGACGAGCGUGUGUAUGAUAAUCGUUUGUAUUUUGUAAAAAG